UCAGACGUCACUUCCUUUUCACGUCCAACUUGGAACCGCAAAGACUGUGAGGAAGAUUUCAAUCAAGACUUUCACAAUUUAAUGUGUUCCUAACACACUGUGACAUGUUUUGAUUAUAAAAUAAAUCUUUUAUAAAAUUUAAAAAAAUAAAAAAAAAAUUAGUAAAAUUGUAUAAAAAACAAAAAAGCUUAUUGAAACGUGGUCGACAUUGAACAAGCUGUUCUGAUAUUGAAUUGUGAUAACCGCCAUCUUUACACCAACAAGCACGAGGCCAUUUUUAUUAUAAACUUAAUUGAAAUAGUUUGUAGACUAAGCUAAACAAAAAAGAAACAGCAAAAAUGAAUCCAGCUACAAGUUAUCCUAUGGCAUCCCUCUAUGUUGGAGAUCUUCACCCAGAUGUCACAGAGGCUAUGUUGUUUGAAAAGUUCUCAACAUGUGGACCUGUUUUGUCAAUCAGAGUUUGUCGCGACAUGAUUACACGCAGAUCUUUGGGCUAUGCAUACGUCAACUUCCAGCAACCACAUGAUGCUGAAAGAGCAAUGGACACCAUGAACUUUGACACUAUUAAAGGCAGACCUAUUAGAAUAAUGUGGUCUCAGCGUGACCCAUCUCUCCGUAAAUCUGGAGUUGGCAAUGUGUUCAUUAAGAAUUUGGAUAAAAGUAUUGACAACAAAGCUUUGUAUGACACAUUCUCUGCUUUUGGCAACAUUUUAUCUUGUAAGAUUGCUUGUGACGAGCAUGGCUCAAAGGGAUACGGUUUUGUACAUUUUGAGACAGAAGAAGCAGCCAGACAGUCUAUUGAAAAGGUCAAUGGCAUGUUGCUUAAUGGAAAAAAAGUAUAUGUAGGAAGAUUUAUCCCUCGCAAAGAACGUAUCAUGCUGAUGGGUGACAAGCACCGCAAAUACAACAAUGUGUACAUUAAGAACUUUGGUGAAGAACUGGAUGAUGAGAAAUUGAGGGAAAUGUUUGAACAGUAUGGCAAAAUAAUCAGUGCAAAGGUGAUGUAUGAUGGUAGUGGAAAAUCUCGAGGUUUUGGAUUUGUCAGCUUUGAGGAACCAGAUGCUGCUGAAAAGGCAGUCACCACUCUAAAUGGAACAGAAAUGGGUGGCAAACAGAUUUAUUGUGGUCGUGCUCAAAAAAAAGCUGAGCGUCAAGCUGAACUCAAGGAAAAGUUUGAAAAGAUCAAACUUGAACGCAUUAAUCGUUACCAGGGUGUCAAUCUGUAUGUGAAGAAUUUGGAUGAUGGUGUUGAUGAUGAGAGGCUGCGCAAGGAGUUCUCCCAGUUUGGAACCAUCACCAGUGCAAAGGUGAUGGGAGAGGGUGGUAGGUCCAGAGGAUUUGGUUUUGUGUGCUUCAGCUCACCAGAAGAAGCCACAAAGGCAGUUACAGAAAUGAACGGUCGCAUUAUUGUUGCCAAGCCUCUGUACGUGGCACUUGCUCAGCGCAAGGAGGACCGGCGAGCUCAUCUUGCUAGCCAACAUAUUCAAAGACUGGCUUCAAUGCGUCAACAGAAUGUUCAGUACAAUCCAAUCUUUAAUGCUGGUGGAGCUGGAUACUUUGUACCAACAAUGCCUCAGGCUCAGAGAGGUUUCUUUACACCUGCUAAUGUCCCAUCCAUUAGACAAGCACGUGCACCAUGGGCUCCAAGUGUUAGGCCAAACCAGGCUGCAGGAUUCCAAGCCAUGUCCAACCAGAUCAGAACCCGGCCCCCAACUGCUCAAACCCAGAUGCGACCAACUACUGUGAACUCAAGGCCUAUUACUGGUCAGUCAGUAGCAGCUGGUGCACCGCGUGUUGCAGCGAUGGCCGGGAUGACCCGUCCUCCAGGUGCUGGAGCUAUUCCACAACAGGCUCGCCCUAACCCAUACCCAAAUUCUCGACCUCAAAUGGCUGGACAGCCUGGACGCCCCAUGCAACAGGCCCAACAGUCUGUGGUGAUCCCUGGUCAAGAUCCUCUUACAGCAAGUAUGUUGGCUGCUGCUCCACCUCAAGAGCAGAAACAGAUGCUUGGAGAGAGAUUGUUCCCUCUUAUCCAACGCAUGCAUCCUGAGUUGGCUGGUAAGAUUACUGGUAUGCUUUUGGAGAUUGACAAUUCAGAAUUGCUGCACAUGUUAGAGUCUCAUGAAUCUCUUAAACUUAAGGUGGAGGAGGCUGUCGCUGUACUGCAAGCUCACCAAGCCAAGGAAAGUGCUGCAGCCAAGAAAGAUUAGAACUUGUAUGGGAUUCAACUGAAUCAGGAAUAACUUAAAUUUUUAGGGUUACAGUAAUUUUUGUUCUUUUUUUUUUUUUUUUUUUGUUUUUGUUUUUUAUUGAAACUGUGUGAUGUGACAAAAUUAGCUGGUUGGCUUGAUUAGGAAGAUUAUUGAGUUACUAUUCAGAUGUCAGGCGCAUAAUCUUUUUCAAAUUUCAACUUGCUAAUAAAUCCAAGUUCGGUUUUGUGACAUUUACUAAUUGAAGUUUUUAGUAGAGUAGCUGUUUUUCUGAAUAGCAUUUGUCCUUGACUUGUAUCUUCAGUACUAUGAUCAGUUCAUGUGCCACGGUUUCAUUUUUUUUUUGUGUGUGUGUUGUGUUAAUUCUUUUUUUUUUUCAAAGUCUGAACCAACUAACCAUAUAUUGUACCUGUGUGUGUGCUGUUCAGGAAGCAGCACUCAGAACUACUACAAUGUGUAGGUUACUAUGUCUGGUCCUACUAACAAGACAUGGAGCACAAUAUAUAUCUUCCUUCCAAGUUUGGACAAUUAUUGUUUAUCCUGUUGCUGUGGCCCCUGACCACAAAACCUCAUACUCACUGGAGUAUGCUUAGAUUUCUUUGGUCCAGUAAAUGUACAUGUUGUGUUUCAGAAUGUCUAGAAACCAUGUUCAGACAAUAUUUGACACUUGUAAAAUGUAUUGGGCCAAAGAAUCUCUUGUUAUUCACAGGAGAAUAACAAGGUUCUUUUAUUAAACCAAAAAAAAAAAUCUGCAAGUUUUUUUGCACAAUAAAAAAAAAAAAGCUUUAUUUACAGCAUUGACUCAAAGAAACUUAUAGAAUGCUCUUGUCUACAUAGUAGUAUGGCUGGACUAAUACACUUGGUUUUUUUGUUAAAGGAAUUUGAUGAACAUUAAAAUACUUUUCAUUUGAA